GAAAAAGAAAAUUAUAAGUUUGUGCAAAAAUAGAAUUGAAAGAAAGGAAGAAAGAGAAUGGAAUCGUCAAAUCUCACUUCACUACCUGAAGAUGAUGAACAACAACAACAUCAACAAAAUCCAAAGCCACCAUCAUUCUCUGCUUUUGCUUCCCUUCCAACUCGCCCUGCUACUCAGAGUUGUUUACAAAAGUACGCUCCAUUGGAGUGGACAGGAUUGUUUGACAAGGAGGAAGAUGUCUGCAUUCCUGACUCCAAUGAUGUAUUUCAUGUAUACAUGGCAGGGACAGAGGGACCUGUUGUUUUUUGUUUACACGGAGGUGGUUAUUCUGGGCUUUCAUUUGCGCUCUCAGCGAGUAAAAUUAAGGAGAAAGCUCGGGUAGUUGCUAUGGACUUGAGAGGACAUGGAAAGACUUCGACAGAAAAUGAGCUCGACCUUUCUGUUGAGGCUAUGUGCAAUGAUUUUUUCGCUGUAGUGAAGGCAAUGUAUGGAGAUUCUCCUCCAGCAAUUGUGCUUGUUGGCCACAGCAUGGGGGGAUCAGUUGCUGUGCAUGUUGCUGCAAAAAGAGCAUUACCAAGCUUGGCUGGGCUGGUUGUUGUGGAUGUCGUGGAGGGAACAGCUAUGGCUUCAUUGAUUCACAUGCAGAAACUCUUAUCAAGUAGGAUGCAGCAUUUUUCUAGUUUGGAAAAAGCGAUAGAAUGGAGUGUCAAGGGAGGUUCAUUAAGAAACAUCGAUUCUGCUCGGGUAUCUGUGCCUACCACAUUAAAAUACAAUGAUGCAAAGAACUGUUAUGUUUAUAGAACCUGCUUGGAGGAAACAGAACAAUAUUGGAGAGGCUGGUAUGAAGGCCUUUCAGAUAAAUUUCUAUCAUGUCCCGUUCCCAAGCUCUUGCUUUUAGCAGGAACAGACAGACUGGACAGAUCUCUUACAAUUGGGCAAAUGCAAGGCAAGUUCCAAAUGGUAGUUGUCAGACACACUGGACAUGCUAUACAGGAAGACACACCCGAUGAAUUUGCGACACUGGUAGUUAAUUUUAUAUCCCGUAACCGGAUAGGUCCUCAUGGGAUCGAGAUACCUGGUCUCCACCGACCAUCACGACCACAACAAUGAAUCAAUGGCCUGCCAUGGACAAAAGAAGUUGACGGAAAUGUUUUUACCUUGAGAUGGAUAUGCAUCAUGCAUGAAUUGACAAAAACUUUAGUUAAUGUGCCCAGUUUGAAUUACCUCAUACAUUUAGAAGAGUUGGGUUCAUUGUUCAGCGAAGGAGGUGAUUUUUUUUUCCAGCUUUUUUUCUUUUAUUUUUGCUAUUUUUUUUUAAUUUUAUAUUUCAAUAUUUAUUAGAUUUUGAAUUUAUUAGUCAA